AUGGCUCAUUUGACCAUCGUGACAAAAAGAUCAUCAAUGACGCAAUGGCCAAUUCAACGAAAUAUCUAUACAUUAGUUCCACAAACUAAUUCAAUGGUUAAACCAACAUCUGAAACACCACACAUUCUCACAACUCACAAUACCAACACACCACGUUCGUCGUCAACAAAUAAUUCUCAACAGUCGACAACAUUUAACAGUUAUGAUGACAGUCUGACAAAUCUUUCCUGGUUACACGAUAUAAACAUCCUAAAACGAGCAAUGCCAGCAAUAAAUACAUGUUCAUCGAACAAACGUAAAGAGCGACCAUCAUCAUCAAAUGAAACUGUGUAUCCAAAUGAUAUUUCGGACAAUCAGGAUUUACCGAUAAGUAAUGAUGACGAUAAUGAUGAACAAUGGCGGCUGUAUAAAACCAAUCCACAAGCCAAACCGGUCUAUUCGUAUUCUCAGCUGAUCUUGUUGGCAAUGAAACAGUCAGGAUACGAAAAAAUGACACUGCAAAUGAUUUAUGAGUGGGUAGCAGAAAAUUUUCCUUAUUUCAAAAAAAUGGAGCCAACUUGGCAGAAUUCAAUUCGGCAUAAUUUAUCAUUGAAUAAAUGUUUUAUCAAAGUUCCACGAACGAAAAAAGAAGCGGGAAGUGGCAAAGGCGGAUUUUGGAAGUUGUCGCCUGACUACGAACGACAACGUUCAAUUGCUCUUCCUCAACAGCAACAGGAAAGCAAUUUACCUCCUAACAAACGUUCACGAUAUUCGAAACGAUCUAUUCCAAAUCCGAUCGCAUCAACAAAGACGUCCGACAAUAAUUCAUCUCGUAUAUCUUACGAAAAUAUCAAGACAGAAUCUUGGAUUGAUCCAAUUCUUCAAAGUUUACCAUCGAAAACUCAAUCACCACUUCAUUGUCAUACAACAAGUCUGGAUCGUUCAUAUGUUCGAAUGCCAAGUAGUUUUCUUUCUCCGACCUCUUCACCUGAUUCGUUGAUCAUAUCUCCAUUCCAUACAUCUCAUAUCAAUGAUUUCUCAUCAAUCUUAACUCCAUCGCCUUCGACUUCACCCUCAUCCAUGUCAUCAGCGAUAUCCAAACAAAACUUUUCCGGAACGAAAUUAGAUGAAACAGAUAUGCUUCUUUUAGACACAUCAUCAUUCGACUGGGACGCUUAUUUAUGCGAAACGCCGAAUGACAUCGACGUUCAACCGUUGUUAUCAACCAAAACUGAACAAGACUUAUUUAAUGAUUUCAAUGCUGCUCUAACUGAUUUAACAAGUUCGGCGGAAGCAGCCGCUGCAGCUGGUGCGGAUACAAACGCGUUUGAUGCGUUUGAUUACACAUCGAAACAUUCAACGUUCAACUGUUUAUUUGAAGAUGAUGAACAAUCGCAACAAGUAGAACAAUUAACUGAACCGUCGAAUCCUUCAGGAGAUUUAACUGUCAAAGGCUGUGGAAUCAAACGCCCUUUAUGGUGGGCUACAAAUGAAAGUGUAAUAUCAACGAAGUUACCUUCAUUACAAACAGCUUUUGAUCUAAAAUUAUCGAAAUAG